GUUGAGCGCGAAAGACAUCAACAGGAAUGCGUGUAUCUGGACAAGCGACGCGCACUGGGGAAUGCGGCUACCUGGGGAUCGAGCCGAUACGUUGUAUGAGAAACUGGGUCACCCUAUCGGUGAGGGUACUUACGGAACAGUCUGGAAAGCAAGGAGACGGCUGUUGCCUGAUGGAGGUAGUGCCUUGCCGGCGUUUCUUCAUCAGAAAAGGGGAAGUUGUACUAAGAGUCCAAGAAAACAACCUACUGAAGAUGCUCCGCAUCGAAGUCCAAAAAGUCUUGCUGUAGUUGUUGGCGAGGAAGCUACUACAUCAAGUUCAAGUUCUGUUUCUGUUGUCAAGAAAGAGCGUUUGCUUGGAGAGAAAGUUUCGCGUUUGCUUGGGGAGACGAUUCGGGAGACGAUGUUAUGCGACUUCAUCCUUUCUACUUGAUAGGACAAGAAUACGAAUCUUCGGAGAAGUCGUAUCUUGGAAAUGCUUCAGUCUAAUUUAGGGCAACCAGGCAACGGACCAAUGCGAGCCUAAACUUUUCGCUAUGAAGCGCGUCAAUUUGCGGAACGAAAAAGAGGGGUUUCCACUGAGUGCGAUAAGUUAAGGAAAUCACAUUGAUGAUUUAUAACAUUUAACUAAAAAGACUAGUUAAUUAUAGUAUGAAGACAGUUUCACCCCGCAACAAAUGAUGGAAACAUGAAAGUCGUUAAGAAAGGUCGCUAUAAGGUUCGUUUCUCGUCCCGCCGUAUCAAAGAAGCUCCUUCUAACGACUACGACUAAGUACAUACAACACAUGAUCAGUAGAGUCAGUACUUCUACUUACGUUGUGUCUUCUAUAGUACAGUUUUUUCAUCUAAUGCACAGAGAUCCGCUUGCUUCAACGAUUGCGACACGUAAAUAUUGUGGAGUUGGUGGACGUGGUUUGGACUCCGCAAGAGCGAAGUAACAAGUUUCGCGGAACCGUGCACUUGGUCUUUGAAUUUGUAGAGCACGACUUGACCGGUCUCCUCACGUACCGGAAACGGAUGCUUUCGUUGCAAGAGACGAAGAACAUGGCGCGUCAAAUUCUCUGCGGACUCGCGUUUCUUCAUGAUUAUGCUGCGUUGAAACUACUGGCUUUGAUGGUGUCAUCGUACAUGUUCUUGACUAGUACCUCCUAGUAAACUCCCACUCAGAAGUUCUUGGCUCAACGAGGGGCAAUUUUUUUAAGUGAUACGUGCGUGGAUACCGGUAAAAAUGGUUGGAUGCUCUUUCCCCUAUCCGCUAAUUGCUACAGCAGAUCGUGCAUCCCCUAUCUAAUGGUUGGAUGCUCUUUUCCCGCUAAUUUCUACAGCAGAUCGUGCAUCGGGAUUUGAAGAAUUCGAAUGUGCUGGUUUCCAAUCACGGCGUAUUGAAAUUGGCAGACUUCGGGCUUUCGCGUUACCUUGAGGAUCCUGCUCUGAGUGCAACUGCGAUCCUUCCGAUUGAUGAAGAUUGUUUCUCCACAGACGAUGAGGAGGACGAACAUGCAGAUGACGACGUUGAUGAGGCACAGGGAGAGGCUCAAGAAAUCGCAGAUAGAGUAGACGCUGAAGAUGGGAAACUUAGCAACGGUCGCGGUUGUUCGACGUCUCGUGGUCUGCUGGGAGGUUCACCUCCAUCGCUGAAGCGACAAGUUGCUCAUACACGUGCAACUUCGUCGGGUAUCAAGCCCACCAACACUUCUAAGCUUCCACGGACUAGACAGUUGCAAACGUAUGUGCCUCCAGCGCGUGCACCAGAGUCGAUGGGCGCACUGAGGGAAGAAAUUGGGAGUUCUACUACUUGUUCGACGUCUGGUGCAUUCAUACGCUCACGAGCAAACUCUGCGUCCACGACCACGAGCAUAACACAGACAGAGCCCCAUGUGCUGCGGACUAAUCGCGUAGUAACCCUGUGGUACAGACCACCGGAGCUUUUGCUGGGAUGCAGGCUGUACACACAAGCUGUCGAUGUGUGGUCCGCUGGAUGCGUGAUAGCUAUGGCGUGACUAUAAGAGUUCAUCAUGUGCUGGUGUAAAAACGCGGCUAUUGCCAAAUAAAUCGAUACAUCAUAGGUACAACAUCCUCGUCGUACUGCUUACAGUAGUUACACAUUCGAUCGAUAUGAAUACUUAUGUUAUUAAUGUACUUAGUUUUUCCUUCACCAUCCUCCGUCCUCCGUCCUAAGUUCUUGUGUUCCAGUUGUUCCUCCCUCAUGCCUUCAUUCCUCGUGAGUUGCUUCUUGGCCGUCCACUUUUUGCUGUGGAGAAUGAGAAGAAGCUGUACUACAAGAUAUCCGAAUUUUGUGAGCGGCCGACCGCAACCACUUGGCCAGACUUGUAUCAGCAUUCGGAAUUUUAUCCGCUCAAGGAGAAGUUCCAUGACGUUUUACUUCAAGACAUGCUAGGGGAGCGGCGGAUGAUCAUGGCAAAAGAGCUGCAAUACUUGCACCGAGAUGCAGAAGAAAGUUAUGACGUGCUGCUGGGACUGAGUUGAAAUUGAAUAAGCUAGUACAUGAAACCCACUCUGCUGAGCUCCUUACUUGAAUCGUUGUAAUCCACCACCCAGGUUGAAAAUUAUGAAAAUGAUGAUGAAGAAGUUCAACUUCUGCGUUAAAUUUAUUUCUGUUCUAACAGGUGGCUGAUUUCGACGUGCUAGACCGGAUUUAUACGCGCGUGUGCACUACUUUGGGCGCAUCAUCUACGAAUGCAGUAGUUGCCUCGAGAGGAGGAGGUCCCACUCCCAACGACCUCCGGGCAGUCUCGGGAGCAGGUGGAGGAUCAUCUUCUGCUGAUCCAUCUUUAGGAGGAAAUACAGCUGAUCCAUCUUUUAGGAGUACAAAUAAAGUGCUAGUAGAACGAGUAGAACGAGAAGCGCAUCAGUUUUUGUUUCCGGCUGACAUCGAAUUGCCGUUCCAAGAAAAUUUUGGGACAACGGGAAGGAAAAGUGACUUCAUGAAAAAGAUGCUGUCGAUGGACCCUUUGCUGAGAGGGACUGCGGCAGCACUCUAUUCACACCCUUUUUAUGGUUUCCUCAGUUUCUAGCAUAGAUCUGUAGAAGUUUAUAAUGUGCUGGUCUCGCGGCAGGCAGGCUACGCUUCCGAGUAGUUCUGUACUUCUUCGUUCGCUACGCCGUCGCAGCUAGCGUCCUGGGAUCACCCUUCCGGCGGUCUUGGCAUUUACAAAAUUAAAUGUCCUGAGGCCGCUCCUUCAGUAGCCCCAGGAUACAAAAAAAAAAGUCCUGGCUGAUGCGAGACCCCCUGAAAUCUGAACCAGUACACUGUCUCAAAUCGAUGCACAUGCAGCUGCAUUCGGUCUUGUCCACCUCUGCUCCCCUCUAACUUCUUCUGACUUCCGAAGAGCCCUUGCCUUGUGAAAAUGCAAAGAUUAAGUUGAACAAGAACCUCAAUUUGCACGAAAAGGAGGCAAAUCGCAUACGAGAACAGGACAAGAGGAAGCGGGAAAACAGAGAAGAGGAGAACCGAAAACGCAUGCGCACGCUCGCUGCUGCUGGAGGAGGUGGUGGCCCGGUUUUUUAGUCAAGAAUUCGCAUGAACGCAAACAAAAAGUUUCCCAGGCGCCUGAACGCAAAAGGACCCCAAGACCGCGAGAACAACAUCUAAAACGCGUCUUGGAGGAAGCGCAGGUGAGCACACAACGACCUUCGCUCGCAUGGCCGCACACAAAGCUGCUGCGGAACGAAGUUUCUGAUCGACUCAAGAACAUCAACAAAGUUUGGCUUUGGACGCUUCGAAAACGUGGAGCAUCUACAAAGAAAUGGACAACGCUGUGCCCACCUGUGUGACGACUUUCGAGUACGGGACUACAGAACUCGGUGUCCUCUUUGAGUCGUUGUUUUCUCCAUCCUGAAGAAAACUUCUAGGGCGGGAACUGCACCUGGAACAGCAGUCGAGACCCACACCUGACAGCAUCGCAAGUGCGCAGACAAAACUCGUGAUAAGUAGAUACAUUUGUUCCUUCGCAUCUUCAUAUGGAUCCAACAAAUGAUAUCUCAAGGUCCUUGACAUUCACGCACGAACAACUGCGAUGUUUUACCAUACUUCUACGCAUUUAAGUAUAUAACUAGGGAAGUUGCUCCUCUGGACCCCACGUGGCAAAUAUAGUGGGCUAGGAAGUUCCUCCUUACUGCACCAAGAUUUUUUUAGCUUCCUUGACUAUUUUGAAAACGAG